UGUGAACAGUUCUCUUGCUACUUUGGACCUGGCUUGCAACCUUUUCGCGUUGUGUGAAUUCUGAAGAUACAAUUUACUCUUACACUUAAGUGUUACACGGCUGAAAUUUACAUUUAAAAAAAAAAAAAAAAAAAAAUCGCAGUAAGAGUUUUCUUCUUGUGACAUCAACACGAAGGCGUGAUUAUACAAGAGUUUUUUUGCGAAAAGUCAUGUGUGAAACUUAGAGUAGACCCCUUCUUCUGAAUUUUUUUUUGUCGCCUCAGUCUGAAGUCAGUUUCAACUUUCAUUUAAAAAGUUAUUCGUGUUUCACCUGAGGCAACAAUGCGUACCUGCAGUAGAGGCGAAUAAAGAUUUUCGAUGAACCUGACGAGGGAGGGGGGAAUUCCGUGCGACAUGAUGGAGGACUUCAGACGGGCGGCUUUCAGGAGGAAAACGGUACCUGUCCCACGCCAUAUGGACCACGAGGACGAGGAGGACCAGGAGGAGCAGGAGGACCUAGAGGAGCUGGAGGAGCUGGAGGACGAAGAGGACCAAGACUCGGAGCCGCAGGAGCAGGGGGAGUGCCCAGAGAAGAAUUGCCUCUCAGCAAAGAAGGCUGAUGAAGAAGUCUGUGUAGGGCUGAAGAUCGCUCACGCUAAAGCUCCUAGCACCUCCUCCAGUGCCCCCCCUGCUGAGCAGGCCCCUCGGACGACUAGGACCAGCGAGAGGCGCGGUGCUGUAAAUGGGAAAGGCUCAGGCUACAGGCCCCCUCUGCCUCACAAACCCCGAGUGCCUCCAAAGCCUCCACAUCUGCAGAACCCCGUGAAGGAGCGCAGUUCACCCCGGGGCCUGGUGGAAGCCCCAAGAGCCAGGAUGGAGGAGGCUGCAGGCCGGGUGGUGGCGGCAGCACCCAGGGCCCGGGAGAAGCAGUCCAAGGUGUCGAACCUCAUCAGCCAAUUUGAAGAGAGCAGCCUUGUCGAGCUGAAGAAGGACGGAUCCCCUCAGAAGUCCAAAACGCUCACCGGCAGCCCAGCUCGCAGGAACAUCCAGAAGCAGCAGGGCACCCGACAGGGUUCUGGCAUCAGUCCAGCCACCCGUCAGGAUGCUGACAGGCAGACCUCCAAUGGGGCAUUAGUUCAGAUGGAUGGUUGCGAGAGGACGUCCCCCCUUGAAGGGACGGAGGACCCAAACAUUGGCACGGACAAGCUGGUCAAUGGGGAUAUAAACACAGAACCCAGUUCAAGAGCCAGGACUGAGCGGAGGCUGUCUAAAGAGGACGCUGUAGAGACACACCACCUUCAGGGAGACCCUCAGAAUGAGCCCAAGAAAGAGGAGGAGAGGAAAACAGAGUUAAAGGAGACCAAUGAGCAAAAGCUGUACAAGAUUGCCAAUGAGCUCCUGCAGACGGAGAAGGCUUACGUUACACGGCUCUACCUGCUGGAUCAGGUGUUUUGUGCAAAGCUGAUGGAAGAAGCUGGAAAAGGCACAUUCCCAGUGGAAGUGGUGAAGAACAUCUUCUCCAAUAUCUCCUCCAUCCACACCUUCCACAGCCAGUUCCUGCUUCCAGACCUGGAGAAGCGCAUGAGCCAGUGGAACACGACCCCUCGUAUUGGUGACAUCUUGCAGAAGCUGACACCCUUCCUGAAAAUGUAUGCUGAGUACGUGAAGAACUUUGACAAGGCCAUGGAACUACUUAAGCUGUGGACGGAGAAGUCGCCGCAGUUCAAGGCCAUCAUCCAGGACAUUCAGAGCCAGGAGGUGUGCGGCUGCCUCACCCUGCAGCACCACAUGCUGGAACCUGUGCAGAGGGUGCCCCGCUAUGAGAUGCUGCUUAAGGACUACCUGAAGAAGCUGCCCCAGGAUGCCUCGGACCGCUCCGAUGCUGAGAAGUCUCUGGAGAUCAUUGCCACGGCAGCUACACACUCCAACACGGCCAUCCGCAAAUCAGAAAACCUAAAGAAGCUACUAGAGAUCUAUGUCAUGUUGGGGGAGGAGGAGGACAUUGUCAACGCCUCCAACGAGUUCAUCAAGGAGGGCCACAUUCUGAAACUGGCUGCCCGCAACACCUCUGCCAUGGACAGGUACCUUUUCCUGUUCAACAACAUGCUGCUGUAUUGUGUGCCAAAGUUCAGCCUGAUGGGCCAGAGGUUCACUGUGCGCACGCGAAUCGGCAUUGAUGGCAUGAAAGUUUUGGAGACCUCCAACGAGGACUACCCGCACACCUUCCAAGUGUCAGGCAAGGAGAGAACCCUAGAACUCCAAGCAAGCUCGGAACAGGACAAGGAGGACUGGCUAAAGGCGUUCCGAGAGACAAUUGAGAUCUUUCACCAGAAGAAUGAAACAUUUAAGUUGGCCUCCAAGGAGGUGGAAGCAGUGUCGAAAGCCGAACUGGGCAAACGCGCCCCUCGCUGGAUCCGGGACAAUGAGGUGACCAUGUGUAUGAAGUGCAAAGAGAUGUUCAAUGCGCUGACGAGGAGACGACACCACUGUCGAGCCUGCGGCUUUGUGGUAUGCUGGAAGUGCUCUGACUAUAAAGCCCCUCUAGAGUAUGACAGCAACAAGAUGAACAAGGUGUGCAAGGACUGCUACUCCACCUUGUCUGGUGCCCAGGACAGUGAGGACCGUGCCAAGAAGAAGGGCAUCCUGGAGAUCGAAGCUGCUCAGUUCUCGGGGAACAGCAUCAUCUGUGGCUUCCUGCAGUACAGUGAGAAAGGCAAGCCCUGGCAAAAGAUGUGGUGUGUCAUUCCCCAGACGGAGGCACUGGUGCUCUACCUGUACGGUGCUCCACAGGAUGUGAAGGCUCAGUCCAGCAUCCCCUUGUUGGGCUACACUGUCGAAGGGAUACCCCGAUCUGCUGACCCUCCCAUCAGCUUCCGCCUGACCCAGUCCAAGUCUGUCCACAGCUUUGCAGCGGACAGCGAGGAACUGAAGCAGCGCUGGCUCAGGGUUAUUCGUGUAGCUGUCACAGGGGAAGUGCUCCAGCAGACAUCUGGCAACAGCAGCGAGGGCAACGGCAUCCACAUAGCAGGCUCAGAGGCCCUCUGAAGGCCACUGUCUUCUCCUCAACAGGUGCUCGUGCCCUCAGGGAUUCCUCUCAGACUUCUGAGUGCUGCCUUCCUGUCCUGCCUCUGUUAAAUCCACCAUGACUCCCAGAACCAACAUUGUGUCCAGUACAGAGCCAAGAAACACUCAGCCCCACAGACCUGCAUGUGCACAAGCCAAUUAUGCACAGGGAUUCCUCUGUGUCCACUGUCAGCAUCCUCUGUGCCAGAUACCUUGUCAGAAGUUGCUCUGGAAACAGAACAUCCAAUAACUGACACUAGAGAUGACAAUGGAGACUAGGAGAAGGACAAGUCUCGCCUUUCUGCACACAAGCGGAGGUUGUCUAAGCGCUCUUAUUCCUGAUGGGACAGCUGUUUGACCACUGAGUGCCUGCCUCCCUGUAAGACCUGCCUCCACCCAUGCUUUUGGUGCUACACCUGGGAGCUUUGACAGCACGCUGCCAUAUUGUACAAAGCAUUAUAAAGUUGUAUAUAUUCCUGUUUUUUUUUUUUUGUUAAAGGAACAAGUGAAUUUGUGUAUAUGUACAUAAUGCUAUUGUUGACUAGAUUUUAAGAGCACAGAUCUUAAGCUUCUGCCUAAGAGUAUGACUGUUUCUCAAUGAGAUGCAAGGGAGGUAAUGCAGCUGCACACCUUUGACAUCUCUCUAGGUGGGAUGAAUUUGCUCCUGGAUUCAGUGUGAUCUGUUUCCUUUCCUUACUUUCUUACCACCUUAAUCAGCAGAGGCCUUUUCCACACAAACAAGGCACUGAGAUUUACUAUGGGAAAGGAUUUUAAAGUGGCUCUGGAUGUCUCUCACAAUCUCCAAAACAGGCUCCUGAAUAUUUUCUGCAUUUCUGCAUUUUCUUUAAGGCUAAAGUAAGUUGUUAUACUUGGGUAACAGUGAUGGGAAAAAAUCUAUAACUGGCCAAAGAAGAACAUUAGAGUGUAGGGAGGUUUCCCAUAGGCCUGCAUUUACCCUAUGGUGCCAGUAAAUUGUAGCCAUUAACACAAACUCUCUGACUUGGGAAUUUCAUACAAUUCUCUAACAUGGAAGUGUGUAUUGUCACAAUGUCAUAAUAUUUAAUGUACCGCUUUUAGAAUUUUUACACCUAUUUUUAUCAAGCAUCUCAGUCAUCCUGAAAUAUGUGCUAUAGUUACUUAUGAAGGCAGCAACAAAACAUCACUCAUGGCAGAACUGACGUAAUAGUUGUCUAAUGCAGCUCUGAAACUUCCCCAUUUGUGUAUGACAUAGAGAUUUAUAUAUGAGAUUACAAUCCAUUUGUGUACGGGGUUUCUGCUUAUUGAUGUGGUUAAGAUGUAUAUUAGUUUUUAAAACUCCAGAUGAAUAGAUUUGUGUCCAGAAUGGGCCAUCCAGCAAAAUGGCUAAGUGGAAAAGAUGUAUUUAAAUGUUUUUACCAUACUUAUUUAAUAAUAUAAUUUAUAAAGUAUGUGCAUGAUUGAAAGAACUGUGCAAAUGUUUUCUUUUACCCCACUUUCCUUUGAAAUUUCUUUCUCCCAGUUUCCUACAGCUGUCCCUUGUGAACAAAAGCUUCAUGGUUUUUUUUUUUUCUUUAUUUUUACAAUUUCCCUGUUCAUCAAAGCACUGUUCUCACGCUGCAAAGGGCCCAACUUCAUAAGGAUGGUGUUUGUGGUCUGUGAAUCAUGUUUAUGUCACUUGAUAUUUGUUUUUAACCUGUUUAUGUCGAUGCCUGAACUUUGCAGACAGAAUCCUGCAUGGUGUGUCUGUGUGUGUGGGUCCUCACUACAUCAGCUUUUUUACAAGGGACCUAUUGAAAUUUGUAUUUGGCUAAGAGGCACACAUUCAAGAGCACAGCAGUCCUGUCAAUGGGAAAUGAAUGUAAAGCCACAUUUGUACGCACACUGUACUGUCUUGUUUUUUUAAGAUCUGGAAAUUAUGCACUUUAACGUCUAUCAUGAAACAUGU